UUCUCUCAAAAAUUUAUAUUUCUUUAGUACACACCCACAACAUUUUCCCAUACUCACAAAGUCAUUACUUAUAUGCAAAUUGAAUCAGUCGUACUUUAACAAGUCUUUCGUCUCGUGGUGUCUAGUAUUGUACAAUAUUAUUAAAACUGAAAAAUAAUGAAGUAUUGUGCUUGUAUUUUUAUUAAAAUCUUACAACUGAUUGCUUGUGUGUCCGUGUUCAUCUUGAAAAAACUUGCUGACACAUAUUCUGACCGAAUGUUGAGGAAUAAUAUAAAAAAUUUAAGAGAAUGGACGCUUUUGAAUUCGAUUUCAUUGUCAAAAGAAUCUGACGAAUUUAGUAUACUAACUAUAAUGGGAUUCACAUUUGUAUCCGCUGUUCUGUUGUUGACGAGAUUUAUUGAAAAGAAGACCAACUAUCAUACGUCUGAGAACAUUUUUCUGUGCUUUGGAGUUAUUUUCUUUGCGAUACAAGGAUUAUUAUUAUUUGGAACCGCAGAACAAUUAUCAGACAAUAUUUCAGAUUUUGCAUUUUCUCUCGGAGGAUUAUCUUUUCUGUGUGCUGUUUUAUUUUCAAUUGACUUCAUUUUUUUUAGACGCAUGGCAAUAUCAAAAGAUGUAUUUUCACAAACCGACUUGGAAUCAUCAAUACCGACAGUUUAUAUUCAAGAAACUAAUCAAAAUAAUAAAAUAAAGUCCAUAGAUCAAUGCUGCUCGCGCUCAAUACCCAAUGAUAAUACGAAACUAACAUACUUGCGAACAGAUCUCUAA